AUGGCGGGGUUAAUCUGCGCAUUUUUAUUCAUGGUUGUUCUUGCUAUUUAUAACCGGCGAUGUUUUUCUGAUCGACGAAGUAGAGGUGAUAGUAGUGUUCAGAGUAUUGGCGAUGUUACAACAACAAGAAAAGGAGGACUUGAUUCAACUGUUAUUAAAACGUUCCCGGUGUUUGUAUACCCAGAUGUUAAGAAUUUCAAGAUGAUUGAUACUGAAGAAACUGCAGUGCUAGAAUGUGCGGUCUGUUUAAGUGAGUUUGAAGAUGAAGAUGUUCUGAGACAACUACCUACAUGUCGCCAUGCUUUUCAUGCGGAUUGCAUUGAUGUUUGGUUUGUUUCUCAAUCUACUUGUCCUGUUUGUCGGGAUAAUCUUAAGCAAAUUGCUCCCGGAAUCGCACUCAAUGCUGACGAUGAUGUAGUGAUUGAUGUAUUGGAAGAUGAAGAAAACGGUCCUGAAAUGGCUGCAGAGAUGAUUUCUGAAACAGAGGAUCAGCACCAUGUUUCGAUUUCUGUGGUAGAUAAUUCAGGUGAUGUAAUUGGUAGUACAAAUCUCAACAGUGAGAUGCUCCAGAACAGUGUAAAAGAAGAUCGAUAG